AUGUUGAAUGACCCAACAUGCAAGAAACAGCGCAUUAAAUAUAUAUCACAACUAGGGCGUAAGUCAGGAAAGAAUGAUGGAUUGCAAGCAAACUCCAAAAUGGAAAUGGAAUACAAUGUUAUCCCGGUUCAAGACGCAACUACAAUUGACAGUAAUUUACAAGGGGGGCUGGACAACCAAGAUAACUUGCUGCCACCAAAUUGGUUACCUGGACCCAAAGGUUCCAACUAUAAUAUUUUGGAGCCCGGUCUCAAAGACAAUGCACCGCCACCAGAUCUCCAAUACAACAAAGACCUACGCAUUUGGGUUGAAUAUUACCCUGUUGAGACAGUAGGAGCUUCAUUUAGAAGAGCCACAAGGGAGGAAAUGGCAAAAUGGGUCUGGGGAGAACCUGGUGAUAUUGGCAAACUGGCCGAUCCUGAUAACUUCGAGAUGGCUGAAUUUGCCCUUGAAGCUGGGCUAAGUGUCAAAGACUGA